AUGGUACUGACGCCAUCGAAAAUUAUACCGUCUCGGUCGUCCCCCGGUUGCCAAGGCCGCGCAGGCUGUUGGGCGACUGAGGCAGACUGCAAAAAGUCGGCGAUCACAACCUGCUCAUUGUCCUCUGCCAGCCGGGGGCGUGACAGCACAACGACCGCUGACGAAGACCGACGCAAGGACGACGAAGAUACCAUUGACGAGGCCACGAAGUACCAACUCGACAUUGUUGGACUCUCGUCAACGAAACGCCAAGGCUGUGGACUCCUGAACCUACACGGAUGGAAGCGGUUCUACUCAGGCGUCGAUAUCACGACUCGCGCUCGGGCCAGUGUUGGCGUUCUGGUCUGUGCGCCCAAUUUGGAACGAGAAUAUGAGACUUUCCUUGAGGAAGUGCAGUGUGCUCUGUCUGAAGUGCCGAAUACAGAGUCCUUCAUAUUGAUUGGCGGUUUGAAUGCGCACGUCGGAGUAGAUGUUGAAAAGUGGAACGGCUUGAUUGGGAAAAACGGCCCUAGCGACCUCAACAGUAGUGGCAUGAAGUAG